AUGGACUAUAAUGACUUUAUGUUUAGUGCGGGGACUAGUCCGAAUGCUGCAUAUCAUGUCCCUGAAACACGAAGAGAUUUAAGAUGUUUUGAAAGAGUGAGUAAUGUGGUGCGCGCGCGCGUGGUUGCGUGCGUGUGUGCGUGUGCGGGGCUCAAAUCUGCGACCGCUGGCACAGCAGUAGGGUCACUACAAACUGAGCCAAAGGUGCCGUCGUCUCAAUCGCACACCGAGGACAUGUCCCUGAAACACGAAGAGUCUAUGUCUCUCACAAUC